CAGAGUGCGACAUUAAUCCAAACGCAGCGCAGACACGCAUUGGGUCCAGCACACACCGGGGGAUCUGCUUCGUUUUUUUUUUCUAAAUCAAACCUCCCACCAGAGAAAAUGCAUCUGUCUCACAUUGUGCUCUAUCUCAGUUUGCUGGUUGCUUUGGGUCCAGUAGUUCUGAGCGACCAAGAGACGCACCAUCAGCAGCCCUCGGCCAGCAGCCCGGAGGACGCGGAGCAGUGCGCCACCUGCGACGUCCGGCAGCAGAUAAAAACCAUGCGACUAAACGCGAUCAAAUCUCAGAUUCUGAGCAAACUGCGAAUGAAGGAAGCUCCGAACAUCAGCCGAGACAUUGUGAAGCAGCUCCUGCCCAAAGCACCGCCGCUGCAGCAGCUUCUCGACCAGUACGACGUGCUGGGAGAUGACAACAGGGAUGUGGUCAUGGAGGAUGAUGAUGAGCACGCCACCACAGAGACAAUCAUGAUGAUGGCCACCGAACCCGAGCCCAUCGUCCAGGUGGAUGCGGAGCCCAAGUGCUGCUUUUUCUCUUUUACCCAAAAGUUUCAAGCCAGUCGCAUCGUGCGGGCGCAGCUCUGGGUCUACUUGCGGCCGGCGGACGAGGCGACCACCGUGUUCCUGCAGAUCUCCCGCCUGAUGCCGGUCACGGACGGGAGCAGGCACAUACGGAUCCGUUCCCUGAAGAUUGACGUGAACGCCGGGCUCAGCUCCUGGCAAAGUAUAGACGUCAAACAAGUGUUGACUGUGUGGCUGCGGCAGCCGGAGACCAACUGGGGCAUCGAGAUUAACGCCUUCGAUUCGAGGGGAAACGACUUGGCCGUGACCUCCACAGAGCCCGGAGAGGAAGGACUGCAACCAUUCAUGGAGGUGAAGAUCACCGACGGCCCAAAGCGAGUCAGGAGAGACGCGGGCCUGGACUGUGACGAAAACUCCCCAGAGACCCGGUGCUGCCGCUAUCCGCUCACAGUUGACUUUGAGGACUUUGGCUGGGACUGGAUUAUUGCCCCAAAGCGCUACAAGGCCAACUAUUGCUCUGGGGAGUGUGAGUACAUGCACUUGCAGAAGUAUCCCCACACCCACCUGGUGAACAAAGCCAACCCCAGAGGGACCGCAGGCCCCUGCUGUACCCCCACCAAGAUGUCGCCCAUCAACAUGCUCUACUUUAAUCGCAAGGAGCAGAUCAUCUACGGCAAGAUCCCCUCCAUGGUGGUGGACCGUUGCGGAUGCUCUUGAGUUGGGACGGAGAGCGUCUGGAGGACGGGGGGGGCGCAGUGGCUCUCCCUGGCCUCCAACUUCAGACUUGUUGACACAACCAAUCCACCAGUUCCGAAGCUUUCCUGCAGAACAUGGUGCAAUAGAACCAGAGUAGCGGCCACAAACAGCCCGACUUUCCUGCAGGGCAGCGCUUUCACAACCGGCAUAGCUCUUUUCUUUCUUCCUGUGAAAUCUUAGCCAUAGAGGCUUGAAGUCAGAACAAUACAGGAACACACAUAAACACGCAUGCACACAUGCUGGACGUUGGAAUGAAUGUAGACAGAAAUGAUCAAAACUAUUCAAAAAAAACUUUUUUCUCCAUCGUUACCGUGUUCUCUCCAUUUAUACGAACAUGCUGACAGAUUAUACUCACAUGCCGUCUACUCCACUCCACUCAUAGCCAACAUACAAGCUAAUACACGUUUCGCUAAGCUGUUUGUGAUAAUCAUUUUUCGAGUUAUGUUUUCAGAGUGAAACCGAGAAUCCUCAAGGACUUUUUGAAGAGGGCUUGGAAAACACAGCUGGAGGUUCAGAGCAAUAUUUUACUCUGGCAGAACAUGUUUAUGUCCACGUAGGUUCAUAGGAGUUGGAAAAAAACCAACUUUACAACAUUUGGAAAAUUAGACACACGACAUUUUCCUUUCUGUGCUGGCUUAAACUAAUUCAUUCUAUGUUCUGAUUACUUAAGCGGAGAGCUGUGUGUGAUGGCGUGGAAGUUGAUCACUCCUGAGAUCCUAUGGACACAAAAAUGUUCCACCAGGGUGAAGUACCACUUUAAGUUUCUGCCAUACACAAACACACACACGCACACACACACACCCAACCAAGAAGCAUCCUCUCUCAGUCAUAAUCACUAUCCAACAACAGAGCCAGACCUGCCCAAUACACUUGAAUGAUUCUGAUUGUAAAUUCACUUGACUGGACAGAAGGACUUGAACUGAAGGCACGAUGAAUGCAGCCUACAAAUGAAAAUGUGUUUAAGACAGAGAAACUGGGUUGUUCAGAUGUAUGAAUGUUGAGAUCAUGCUUAAACUCUGUCUUACAUCAACACAGUUUGCACUAUGGCACACCAAUAGAAAAAAUUGGUUGCUACAAAAGUUGUAAAAAACUGAUUUUGAUAUAUUUGCUUAUUUGUAUUGUAUACAUAUGCCAUUGUUUCCAGUAGGAGUUGCCUUUCUAAACCACUGUUGGUAAAUGUA